AUGAUGCUUUCACGAUCCAGAGUCAUGGUGGCGAUUCAUUCAACUCGCCGGAUUACCCUCCUGGCAAUCGUCGCCUUGGGAUUAGUCUGGUCGACUCUUCUCUUUCGAUACAAGCCAUCGCUGUCCUCCCUGCCCGCCCUGCCUCAGAAAGUCCAAGAUCAUAUCGACUACUUCCGCGCCCCCAAGUCUCCCGAGUAUUCCAUCAAGCCGCUCGUCUACAUCUUCCCCCAGUACUACCACUUCGACGAGAACAAUGAGAUCUGGGGCGUCAACUUCACGGAGUGGGACAAUGUGAGGGAAGUCACCUACAACGCGUAUGGUAUCGAGACGAUCAGGCCGCACGAAUCUGUUGGGUACUACGAUGGUCUAGCAUUCGAGACGCGCGAGCGCCAAGGUAGGUUCUUGCGAGACCAUGGGUUUUACGGAGCGAUUUUUCAUCACUACUGGUUCGCGGGAGUGCCCGUGAUGGAUGGCAUCCUACAGGCAAUGCUGAAGGACGGAGAGCCAAACGUACCGUUCAUGUUGAGCUGGGCCAAUGAACCUUGGACAAAGACAUGGGACGGAGUGGACUCGAGCGAGACAUUCAUCGCGCAAGAGUAUGGUGAUAUUCGAGACUGGAGAGAACAUUUCGAUUGGCUUCUUCCGUUCUUCAGGCAUCCUAAAUACAUCCGCUCGCAGGGACGCAUUCAGAUGGCAGUCUACAAGCCCAGCCACAUGGGCCCGCGCCGUAGUUUGAUGUUUGCUGCAUGGCGCCAAUGGGCUAUAGAAGAAGGCCUUGGGGGUCUCGAUGUCGUGGAGACCCGAUGGGCUGGAACGGGCGAUUGCGAUGCUUCUCUUCCAGACGCGAUCAACGAGUUCCAACCUCACAUUGGUGGUUUCGAUCACUUCAGACACUCCAUGGCGAGACGUAAUGCUCGGGUCUAUCACCGAGGCACGCUGGUGUGUUGGGAUUCUACGCCACGGCACUCUACGGAUGGAGGAGGAAAUCCACAGUCGUUUUGCCACCCGAAAUCCUGGCAAUACUACAUGGUGGAGAUGUACCGGAAGAUCAAAGAGGAUCCCAAUCCAAUUGGUGCGGAGAACUUUGUGUUCAUCAAUGCCCUUAAUGAAUGGGGCGAGGGAAAUGCUUUGGAGCCCAGUGUCCAGUUCAAUGAUGGCUAUGGAGUAGCCAUGAAAGAGGCGAUCCGGAUUUCCGAGGAACUCCACAACUGGACCAACACUCGCUUUGAGGGUGGACUGGAGCGCUCGCCAAAACCGAAACAAAAUAGAACGCUAUCAAUUGGAACACUAAAGAAGCCCAAGGAAGCAAAGGUGAAGGAAGAAGAAGAAGAUGAUGGACCUAUCGAAGAAGUCGAUAUCUGUGUCCUGAUCAAGACUUCUGAGGACAACAGAGAUGACCGAACGUACAAGCUCAGCGCUAUGCUUGAUUCGCUUCAAGCACAGAAGAAUCCCAGUUGGAGAGCCGUAAUCUACGAGCCCUUGCCGGCCAUGUUUCACGACCUUGAAGACAUGGUCUAUCGAGCUUUCGACCCUCGCAUUGAGAUGCUGAGGAUCCCUGAAGAGGAACUUGUCACUCGUGACGCUGACGAAGAAAGCAAGAAUGAAGAAGAAAGCAAGAAAGACGAAGAAAGCAAGAAUGACGAAGAAAGCAAGACUGACGAAGAAAGCAAGAAAGACGAGGAAAUCAAGAAACAGAUCGAGGAAAACAAAAAGAACGAAGAGAAGGCUAAGCAGGAUAGGGAAGAUCAGAUUGCUCUCCAGCUGCGUCGGGAACUUGAUGCCGGGUCGAAAGUGACGGACUGGGUGAUCAACAAGCUGGCGAAGGACAGCAAGUCGGUUUGCGGAGCGGCGAAAUACCUUCUCAUCACCACGGGCUAUAACAUCUACCACCCGGACGCCUUUGACGCGGUGAUCAAGUCAGAUGCUAAUCUCAUUGGACUCAACGUGGAGUCGAGACGUACAUUGUGGAACUCGUACGAGACUGGGCCUACCACCUGGCAAGACCGAUGUUCACGUCCAGCCGAGAAAACGGCGUCGCUCUGCAAGCCUGCAACCAUGACACCGGCCUACUUUGACCUCGCCGCCACCUUCAUCGACUUCCCCCGGUUCGUCAAAGACGGCUACCAAUUCUCCUCCUACACGGAGACGAACCCGCGGCACCAGGACUGGGCCCUGAUCUCCCACCUCGCGCGGGACAAGGGCUGGUCGUUCGCCUCCUCGUCCGGCUCCUCGACCUGUCACCUGAAGAGCAACCCGGCGUACAGCACCUGCACCCAGACCGGCAACAUCUACGUCGACUCUCCGAUGUUCGAGGAAACGGGCUGCUUCACCCCGACGGCCAUCAUGAUGGGCCUGGGCAGCACCCACGAGAAGAUGGGCAUCCUCGACAUGGAGUACUACCGGGCGCACGCUUUCUGCCUGCGGUAUAGGUCCAAGACGUUUCGGACCAUGUGGACCAUGGAUGUAAAGGAGCGGCUGGGCGUUGCGCAGAGGAGUUCCUUACCCGGAGAUCUGCAGCCGGAUGAAACCACGGAGAAAACCCUGUCGGGGGUCGACGACGAUGAAUGA